GUUUUCUGCAUUGAAGGAAAGCAAGGGUAGGGUUCAGAAAGACUGAAUGUAAAGCUCCAAGUCUGCCAUGCCCUUCGUGUGUUGCUCUGCACAUUAAUUAAGGGGUCUACGAGGUCAGCAAGGACGCCCGAGAAGACUCAGUCAUGAAAGGUGAACUGCUCCUGUUUUCCGGUGUGAUUGUCCUGCUCCAGGUGGUAUAUGGCUGCCCAGACAAGUGCCGAUGUCACUCAUCUACAAAUUUUGUAGACUGCAGCCAGCAGGGUCUGGCUGAAAUUCCUUCCCAUUUACCUCGUCAGACUCGAACACUGCAUUUACAAGAUAAUCAGAUACACCAUCUUCCUGCUUUUGCAUUUAGGUCAGUCCCAUGGCUCACGGCCUUAAAUUUGUCCAACAAUUCCCUUUCAGAUCUGGCCCCUGGAGCUUUCCAUGGGCUUCAGCACUUGCAGGUUUUAAACCUAACCCAGAAUUCACUUAUUUCCCUGGAAAGCAGACUUUUCCAUUCCCUCCCUCAGCUGAGGGAGCUUGAUUUGUCAUCAAACAACAUAAGCCACCUUCCCACAUCCCUGGGAGAGACGUGGGAGAACCUAACUAUACUUGCGGUUCAACAAAACCAGCUUCAGCAGCUUGAUCGAGCGCUCCUGGAAUCCAUGCCCAGUGUGAGGCUUUUAUUUCUCAAGGACAACCUCUGGAAAUGCAAUUGCCACUUGCUUGGCCUUAAACUCUGGUUGGAGAAAUUUAUCUAUAAAGGGGGAAUAACAGACGGUGUCAUCUGUGGAUCACCAGACACCUGGAAGGGAAAGGACCUCCUUAGGAUCCCUCAUGAGCUGUACCAGCCCUGCCCUCUUGCUGCUCCUGAUCCAGAGUCCUCGCAGCCUCAGCGGCCCGGCUCUACCCAUGGUGUGGUCCUGAGGCCUCCUGAGAACCACAACUCGGGGGAGCGAGACCUCUUGGAGUGCGAGCUCAAACCCAAGCCAAGGCCUGCCAACCUGCGUCAUGCUAUUGCCACCGUCAUCAUCACUGGGGUUGUGUGUGGGAUUGUGUGUCUCAUGAUGUUGGCAGCUGCCAUCUAUGGCUGCACCUAUGCGGCAAUCACAGCCCAGUACCAUGGGGGACCCUUGGCGCAAACCAAUGAUCCUGGGAAGGUGGAAGAAAAAGAGCGACUUGACAGCUCACCAGCCUGAGAGCUUUUGUCUCAAAUAGGAUUGGUUCAUUGCAGGCCAGAAGAUAGUGUCUGAGUAGGGCUGAUGUGUUUAUUGUUAGUCUCAUUUUGCUUUUGCCAAAAGA